AUGGAAGCUAAACUAGUGAAAAAGUUAAUGCAGUUGGUUGCUGUAAUUUUAAUGGGCUUGGUGCUCCAGUCGGCUGCCGACUGCCCACUUUCCAAGGCCGUUAUUGAAGCUACCAAUCGUAUAUUUAAAAGCGCCGAUCCCGCCGGAAACUUGGACCUAAAACGGACAGAGCAAGUUCGCACUGGGGAGGUACUCCACAUGUUCUGUCAGGCCAACGACAUCGUAAGGACCACCUGCUUACCGAAUUCGACCUUCAGCAUCCCGCUCCCACUGCGGUGCAACAAUCCUCUAGCUGUUUCAGCGACCAUCGUCGCAGACUCAUCCUGUCCAGCCACCACGUACUCAGUGGGAUAUGUCAUCAAUAAUCGUCAGCUGGAGGUGUACCGCAGCUGUUACGAUCGAGGCGCCGUGAAGGCUCUGUUCACUACCCACUUGAUGUAUCCAAAAAGCAUCGCCACUGAGCGAGCCUGUCCCCAAUUAACGACGGAUGGAGCUCUAAGUGAUGCUGACGGAAACAGUUUUACGCCAGCGAAUGUCUUCAACUCCUUCAGGCGGAUUCUUGGCAGGAACCAACGAUUCAUACGCAAUGAUAGGGAUACAGUCAUCCUUCCUGCACGACUCACCCCAUCGGCGGACUUCCUGUUCGGGGACCAGAUUUGCGCCACUUCCAAGUAUAUCAACGUGGUGCCUCUGUUCAAGAGCAUCAAUGAUGGCAACUUGCAGACUAUUGAAAGGUGGGUGCGCACAACGGUGGGUGUUGGAGGACAUAUGCGAAUCAGAACCGGUGUCCUGGGCACUCUUUCCCUGCGUGGAACAGAACGCCGACGUCGUCAGCACCCCAUUUUCCUAAUCGCUCCCAACAAAAACCCUGUGCCGGAAUGGAUUUUCAAGGUGGUCCGGACCGCCGCCAAUCAACCGCAUACGGUCUUCCUGACCUACAACAACAUAUUUGGAAACCGUCGCCCCAACGCCCCCAACUUCUGCCGAAGUGUACCCUGCCCAGUGCCCCUGGCCAACACAGCAGCAGCAGGUUUCACCUUCUGUUGCAAUGCCGCCAGUUUCAAUCGUUAA